AUGGUCUGUAAAUUCAUUCGGCCGCUAACGCGACCAACUAAAAAGGAACAGAAGAUAGCUGCCCAAAACAAGGGUAUUGCCAAAAACAAGGGUAUUUCUGGUGGGUCGAAUGAGUCAACAAAGAGUGUAGUGAGGGAAAUAGGCAGUGUUAAUUGCAAAGUGAGUGACGCUAUCCAUGGUGCUCAUUCCGUGUUAUUCAGUGACCCUGUCAUGGAUAACUCGGUGUUCGCACCAAGUGCAGGAGAGGCCGGAAAUGGAACAGAGAGACGCAUCAUAUCACAGAAUGGAGGUAGGAUUGAGCACAGACUGGUGAACAUCGAGAGACCCAUCCUGCGUGUGCCCAACAUUGCAAUCCAUCUCAUGAGGGACAUGAUGAGAAGUUCUCGCCUAAUAAGAAUCCAAUCUAGUGAUAAGCACCAAGCGCUGCUGGUCCAGCUGUUGUGUGGGGAACUACAGGUGAAGCCAGAACAGCUGCUCGACUUUGACCUUCACCUUGCAGACACUCAACCUGCUGUGAUUGGAGGAGUUCUGGAUGAGUUCAUCUUUUCUCCAAGACUGGACAACCUGCUCAAUGCAUACACUUCAACUGUGGGCCUGAUCAACUCCUGCACCGGUCCCAGUCUGGAUGCUGACCCUAACGUGAGGAUGAUCAGUCUAUUCGACAAUGAAGAGGUCGGGUCGGAGAGUGCCCAGGGAGCAGCCUCGAGCUUUCAGGAGUACGUGCUGCGCCGUAUCAGCACUGGAGGGUCCCAGACCGCGUUUGAGGAGGCUAUUGCCAAGUCCUACAUGAUCAGUGCUGACCAGGCUCACGCUCUUCACCCCAACUACAGCGAUAAGCAUGAGAGCAAUCACCAGCCCGGCCUACACAAGGGUAUUGUGGUAAAGAUUAACAGUAACCAGAGGUACACCUCAACGGCAAUCACCAUGGCGAUACUGCGGGAGAUAGCGGGAAAGGUCGAGGUACCAUUGCAGGAUUUCAUGGUGAAAAACGACUCUCCCUGUGGUUCCACCAUCGGACCAAUCAUGUCUGCCAAGCUGGGAAUGGCAACAGUGGAUAUUGGGGCUCCAAUGUUGAGCAUGCACUCCAUCCGAGAGAUGUGUUGUACAUCAAGCGUGCUACAGGCAGAGACACUCUUCAAGAGCUUCUUUGAGCACUACCCUGAAGUGUUCAAGUCUCUGAACUUCUGAACAAGUCAUGGACAACCUCGGGCCAGCCUUGCAACUUGGAUUUCUGUUUGGCAAAAGGAUUUAUAUUGUACUUACUGUGACCAGUCUUUUCCUGUGUAUGUGUUUGUUUUAUUUAUUGUUUAAUAUUAGUUUUUGUCUCAAAUAUUUGCAAUACUAAAAAAAAAUGUUUUCAAAAUGUGUGUAAUUUCACAUUCUUUUGGCGUAUACACUAUUUGCUAUGUUUUUGAAUCAUUUAAAUGAUCUACUUCAUUCGUAUUGAAGCAUAUAUAAAUGUGCCACUCUCUGGAAAAAAAUGUGCUUUAUGCAUGUGUGUAAAGUAAUGUACCCAGAUGAGCCUUUGCUUAUUCUAUACUUUCGGCCUAGACUGGAUUUUCGUUAAGAAGAUUCUUAUUUUCAACAAAAAAGUCUAUAGAAGCGUAAAGUGUCAACACUGAUUACUUGUGCAGACUGCACAGGCUAAUCAGGGACGGUACUUUACUCGCAUGUAUUACGGCUGGAGCAGACUGCGCAGGUUAAUCAGGGACAGUACUUUACUCACAUGUAUUAUGCCUGGGGUAGACUGCGCAGGCUAAUCAGGGGCGGUACUUUACUCACAUGUAUUAUGCCUGGGGCAGACUGCACAGGCUAAUCAGGGACGGUACUUUGCUCACAUGUAAUAUGCCUGGGGCAGACUGCCCAGGCUAAUCAGGGACGGUACUUUACUCACAUGUAUUAUGCCUGGGGCAGACUGCACAGGCUAAUCAGGGGCGGUACUUUACUCACAUGUAUUAUGCCUGGGGCAGACUGCACAGGCUAAUCAGGGACAGUACUUUACUCGCAUGUAUUAUGCCUGGGGCAGAC